AUGGACAAAUUGGAUGCACGUUGUUGCCCUGAUGAGGAAAUUGAGGAGCUGCGCAAGGGUCGCGUACCAUACAACGCAGUGUUGAAUUGGCGUCACUCGAAUUUGGAAUUCAUCAUUGUAGGAUUUUGGGAGUAUUUCCUCAUGUCCGGCCUGAGUGCGCUCGAAGCUUUAACCGAUGGCUAUGCACCCAUCAAUAUCUGCAUAAUCAGAGCACACAUGAAAAUUUUGCUCAUACGCAUUCAAAAUUUGGGUGCCGAUCCGGAAUGUACUUUGGCGCAGAACUACGAUGAAUUGAAAAUGUGCAUUAGGGAUCAUAAGCUUCUGCUAAAUCUCUCGACAUCGUGGUGCCAAUCAUUUCAAUUACUCCCUUUCUGCAAUUCAUAGUCACCGCCAUUAUUUUAGGUUGUACUUUGCUCAACUUAUUCUUCUUUGCUGUGGACAAUCCAUCGCAUAUUGGCUCAAGUUGUUUCGUGAUCGCCGUUAUCAUUAUGGAAAUCUAUCCGACAGCAACAAUCUGGCUAAUGUAAUAUUUCAUGCAUGCUGGCCGGAACAGGAUGAGGAGUUUCGCAAGUUGUUAGUGGUUUUCAUGCAGCA